UCCUCGCUUAGUGUCCUCCGGAAACGUUGCGCUGUGGCUCCCGUCACUCGAGUCGCAGCCACACGAAGCCUCCGCCGGCUGCAGAGCCCGAUCAGUUCUGGGGGAGCCUCAAGGGGGAGGCCGGGCUCUAGCAGCUUCUUUGGGAUCUUCAAAGCUCGGCCCUGUCUCUGCUCAGGGAGAGAGGCGACUGGCUGCCACGGGCAGCUUCUCAUCUUCCCGCUUUAUCAGAGUUCGUACUCUUGUUCUAUCUAUCCCAAGCAAAGGGAAAGGCUUUGCGGCACUUGAAAGCCCUGCGAAAAAUCGCCCUUCCAGAUUUUCAGUCCUGCCUGGAAUAACCGAUUUCGUUUUUUAAAAACGCUUUCAUUAACUUCUGGUUCUGGCGGAAAAAUAGAAAAGUGCCUACGAAGGUCAAAAUAAGCCGGGAUGAACAGUAUAAACAUUUGUGUUUCCAAUAAAUACUGGCGUGUUUUUCGGGGGGUUCUUGAAAGCGUCCCGGAGGGAUAAUCAGCGAUUGUGGAAAUGGAGACUUCAGCUUUUUUGCUGAUGACAGUGUGAUAGGAAUGGAGACAGAAAAUAUAAGAAGCAAAAUUAUGGAGAAAGAAACUACUGAACAGAGAAAGGAACGAGAAAAAAAGAAAAGAUCAAGAGUUAAACAAGUGCUUUCAGAUAUAGCAAAACAAGUUGACUUCUGGUUUGGUGAUGUUAAUCUUCACAAAGACAAAUUUCUCAGAGAACAAAUAGAAAAAUCUAGAGAUGGAUAUGUUGACAUAUCACUUCUGAUUUCCUUCAACAAAAUGAAAAAAUUAACCACUGACAGAAAAUUGAUAGCACGAGCAGUUAAAGGUUCAUCUGUUGUAGAAUUGGAUUUAGAAGGAAUCAGGAUCAGAAGACGGCAACCUUUGGGUGAUCAGCCAAAAGAUGUGGAUAGUCGUACGGUAUAUGUGGAAUUGCUUCCUAAAAAUGUCAAUCACAGUUGGAUUGAACGAGUAUUUGGAAAAUGUGGCAACGUAGUUUACAUCAGCAUUCCUCGCUAUAAGACCUCCAAAGACCCUAAAGGAUUUGCAUUUGUGGAAUUUGAAACAAAAGAACAAGCUGAAAAAGCUAUAGAGUUCUUGAAUAACCCACCAGAAGAUGCACCAAGAAAACCUGGUAUGUUUCCCAAAACAGUAAAAAACAAAGUUGUUCCUGCAUUACCUACAAGUGAUUCGACCGUAGUUGAAGAAAAAAAGAAGAAGAAAAAGAAAAAAUCUAAAACAAAGAAGGAAAACAGCCAAUCAAAUACUGGAGUAAAAGAUGUAUCCAUGGCCAGUUCUACAGAAUGCACCAAAAGUCAUUGGACAAUAUCAGAGAGUUCUGAAACAGAAUUAUCAGAAAUCCAACGUCACUCUUCAAAGAAAGAAAAGAAGAAACUUGAUAAAACACAAAGCUUGGGUUUAGGAGAAACUAGAUCAGGAAAGAGGAAACGGAAUCGCUCUGAUGAUGGAGAGAUGUCAGUUGUAAAAGUGAAGAAAAUUUCUCAGAAAGAUAACGUUCACUCUGCAAAGGAGCAAUCAGCAGGGCUGGAGGAUUCCAAAGAAAUUUCAACUGAAGAAGAAAGAGAGAUUGGUGAUAAGAAAGAAACUUCUCUUUCAAAGGCUAAAAGAAAACACAAGAAGAAACAUAAAGAGAGACAUAAGAUGGGAGAAGAAGUUAUUCCACUGAGAGUUCUCUCAAAGAAUGAAUGGAUGCAUCUGAAACAAGAGUAUUUGACCCUACAGAAAGCCAGCAUGUCAUCCCUGAAAAAAGCAAUGACCAAAGCAAACACUGUGCCCCUUGGAACAAUGGAAAGAGAUGUCUGCACGGCAGAUGACUCCGCAACAAGAAAUGGCAAAUGUAUCAGCAACAAUGAUUUAGCUCCUGCUGAGAAGAUUCAUCCAAUGGGACCUCAGUUUGAGAGUGGAGUGAUUGUGAAAAUCCUUGGUACUGAUCCACUGCCAGGCAGGAAGCACAUCAAGGACAUGCUAACAACAGUCGCUGAUGUUGCUUAUGUUGACCUGCUGGAAGGAGAUACAGAAUGUCAUGUACGGGUUAAAACACCUGGAGAUGCACAACUUUUAAUAAACUCACAUAAAGAUCUGCAGGCAAAGAACAACUGGAAACUUGAGAUCCUUACAGGUGAUCAUGAACAAAGAUACUGGCAGAAGAUCUUGGUGGACCGACAAGCUAAACUGAAUCAACCUAGAGAAAAGAAACGGGGCACGGAAAAACUAAUAGCAAAAGCUGAAAAAAUGAGACUGGCAAAGACUCAAGAGAUAAGCAAGCAUAUACGUUUCUCUGAGGAUGAGUAAAUGUACGACUUACAUGAAAUGCUUAUAAAGAGAAGAAACAAAUGUAUGAUAAAGUAUCUCAUUGUUUCAUAAUGCAAACAGACAAAUGAGAUUGUGCUGAAUUUGAUAGAAUGGAAUACUACUUGAGCCUGUUUGGAAGGAUUACAUUGAACAAGUGUGUGUGUAUGUUUGCACAAAUAUUUUUAUAAGCUGUUGUAAGAAUGAAAUAAAAAACUGAAAUAUUUGUUUCUUAAAAUAAAUGGGAAUGAGACAUCCUAAAAUUCA